AUGCGCACAAGGCUGUUGUCCCGGCUCGCCCACAAUCCGGCUUCGGGAUGCGCAUACAACAUCAUCAACGUCCCACCGGUAUAUAGUGCUGUCGCUGGUGUGGCCAUUCUUCCGUCCGUGAGCCUUGCGACGCCAAUUCCAUCACUCGAUCAUCCUCGCCUCUUCCAUGCUGGAGCGGUUGGCACGUCAUCCAACAUGAUCCGAAUCAACUGGACCGCACCCUGGGCGUGUCUUUUAUGCAUACUCGUCUCGGUCGCCAACGUCGCCGGCUUGCCGCUGAGCUACCAUUUCCCCUCUGCCGCCUCGGCCGCCUCUGCCGCAGCUGCCGUAGCCGCUCCUGCAGCUACAAUGCCUAAAAAUCAUCUGCCGUCGUGGGUGGUCGUCAAGCUCGCCACCUCGAACCUGCCGACCACGUUCAACAACCGGUUUGGACACACGCGACACGGUUCCGGUACCCGCAUCCCUGCCUGGCAUACUGGGCCGUGGGAUCAGGCAUGGAGUCUAUGGGACGAUGUGUCGACCAAGAUCGCCGGCACGAUUCCCGCGUCCAAGCUGCGCAAGCGUGCGCUCGGUUUCAACGUCGAGCGCGAAAUCAUCAACCACCUUCGUCCCGACGACUGGCUUCAACGCACAAAGGACUUUUCCCGAAGCCUGUUCGGCCUCAAACUGCACGUCACACCUCAACAGUACGCUAGCGUCGCCAGCAGGUACCGCUCCCAAAUCCCCGCCUCGGCUUACCGCUCCCGUAUCGCUGCUUCAUCGUACCGAUCCAGAAUUCCCGCUUCAGCAUUCCCCUACACGCGACCCAACUCGUUUGCUCCCCGCCCUCCUUCCGGCCCCGUCCCCAGCGUGCAUCCCGUGUGUAUACAGCGUGACAUUGUGAGCAAAGCAUCCCGAUCGGCCAAAAGCAGUGAUCAUACGCCAUACCAUGCGAGUCUAUUGGAACAAUAA